AUGGCCGCAUCCGCCCUGUCCGUCUGCUCCAGCGACCGGAGCUACGGCAGCCGCGUCUGCCUGCCCGGCUCCUGUGACACCUGCUCCGACUCCUGGCAGGUGGACGACUGCCCAGAGAGCUGCUGCGAGCCCCCCUGCUGUGCCCCCACCUGCUGUGCCCCCUCCUGCCUGACCCUCAUCUGCACCCCUGCGAGCUGCGGGUCCAGCCCCUGCCAACCAGCCUGCACCAGCUCCUGCCAGCCCUCCUGUUGCAGCUCCUCCCCAUGCCAGGAAGACUGCUGUGUGUCUAUCUCCUGCAAGCCCGUCUGCUGCACCCCUGUGUGCUGCAAGCCCGUCUGCUGCACCCCUGUGUGCUGCAAGCCCGUCUGCUGCACCCCUGCCUCCCCCUGCUCAGCCUCUUCAUGCUGCCAGCAGUCUAGCUGCCAGCCCUCCUGCUGCAGCUCCUCCCCCUGCCAGGAAGAUUGCUGCCAGCCUGUCUGCUGCACCCCUGUCUGCUGCAAGCCCAUCUGCUGCACCCCUGUUGCUGCAACCCAGCCCCUGCUCCUCGUCCUGCUGCAGACCGUCCUCCUGCAUGUCCCUGCUCUGCCGCCCCGUGUGCAGGCCCGCCUGCUGUGUGCCCGCCUCGGCCCAGAAGUCCUGCUGCUGACGGCCAGUUUCAAGCGCAGAGUUCAGCGGCGCUUAGUACAUCCUCCGGUCGUGCCGCCGUCCCCACCGCCCGUCUCCAGGACUCCCGUCAUUCCCGGGAAGAUGAAACCCUGUCCCCACGAACGCUGCCUCGCCAGCCCCUGCCCCCAGCCCUCGCGCCUGCCCAUCCGCCUUCUGUCUCUGAAAUACCUCCCGUCGGUGGAACCCGGAGUAGCUGUCUUUCUGUGA